AUGUCUUGUCGAGACUUUCAAACCACAGGCACAUGCCAAUUCGGCGACUCUUGCAAGUUCGCCCAUUCUGCCUCGAGAUCGUCGCAUCCUUCAAAACCAAGCAACCGAGGCUCUGAUCGGAGAGCAAACAGCCGGGUCAAGGAGGAACAGUUUGGUUGGUUCGAUGCACCAACACCACCACCAAAAGGCCCAGUCCCUGGCAAAGAUACCUCGGCGCGCUCUCGGCAACAAGACCAAGCAGCCCGAUCUCAGCAGCAACAGCAGCAACAGCAACAGCGAAGAGAUCCUCCUUCAAAGAACAAUCGCGAACACGGAGGAGGGAACAAUAAUCGGAAUCGCCGAGGAGGUGGUGGUCCUGAAGGCGGUGGUAGGAAAGCCAAUCGCCCUCAGCAAAAUCAGGGCAAACCCAAGGAUAUUUAUGCCAAUGUGCAAAAGCCAACGCCAAUGGUGGACAUCUCGUGGAAGAACCAGCUGUCACCGGACAACUUUCGUUUUCAAUCGGUUUACCCCACUGACGCCGACAUUAACGAGGAUUACCCUGACCCAGCAGAGAACAUUGUGCACAAGGCAUACGACUCAACGGAUCACUAUCUGGAGACACAUUUCAAGCUGUUGCGCGCUGACUGCAUUAUGCCUGUGCGGGACGCGAUCCAGUCAUACCGUUACGGAACUGUGGACGACAACGACAUGACCAAGUACAUCAAUGUCCGCCCGAUGGCGUUGUUGUUUGCAAACAUUGGACUGGUUCACCGCAUGUCGUUCAUUGUCGAAGGUCACAGAGUCAACUGGAGACAAUCCAAGCGUCUUAUUCCAGGAGCGAUCGUCUGCCUUUCCGUCGACCAUUUUGAACACUUUCGAUUUGCAACUGUGGUGGAGCGCGACCUGGAGUUCCUUCAGAACCCUCGGAACUUGCGCAUCGGCAUCAAAUUCAUCAAACCGGAUCCCCACUUGGACUUGGACCCGGACGUGUGCUACACCAUGAUCGAGUCUAUGCAGGGAUAUUUUGAGGCGUACCAGCACGUCUUGAGGUGUCUCCAGGACAUUGACCCUUCUACUCUUCCCUUUCGGCCGCAACUCGUCGGAUUGGAGCACGAGCUCGAAUCACCGGCAUAUAGUCAGCACAAUCAGCGCAUUCGAGACGAAGAUUAUCUCCUGGAGUCGCUUCUCAAAUUCCCGGGGAUCCUCAAGGGAACCGCCAGGAGUGAUUCUCAAAAGCCCUCAAAGCCCUCAGAGCCCUCGAAAAUCCAGCCAAGUGUCAUAGAAGCGAUGAAUCGGAUGCUUACCAAGGAGUUUGCAGUGGUGCAAGGACCUCCCGGUACAGGAAAGACUUUCCUUGGUCUCUUGGCGACGCAGAUUCUUCUGGAGCAGUUUUCGACCAGUACAGCAGGCGCCAUCAUAGUCGUUUGCCAGACCAACCACGCGCUGGAUCAGUUCUUGGAGGGCAUCAUGAAGUUCGAGGACCGCAUCAUCCGACUCGGAUCGCGAUCCAAGAGCCCCAUAGUCACACCCAGGACCCUAUACAACGUUCGAAUGUACUACAAGGAUAAUCCGAUGGAGGCCCGUAACGACAAUGUUAUAAACUCUAUGCCAGUGCGGUUCUUCAGGAUGAAGGAUAAGCUGGAAUCCGACAUGCUGGCCCUGCUGGAGGAACUAGCUGUGGAAUAUGCGCCAUUGUCGAAGUUUCUGGAGCUGGGGAUUAUCUCCCAGGAACAGCACGAUUCUUUCUCCUCGGAUGAGUGGGUGAGCUUUGCAGAGCCGGAGGAUGAACCCACAGCACGCACUUGGCUGCAAUCAGCACCCUACAUUCAGGAUCCACACAACAUUUCUGUUUUCGACGAUGCGUCUUUGCAGGAUGACUAUGUUGUUGAAAUUGACGAGGAGGAGCUUCAGGAGCGAGUGGACGAGUUCAUUUCGGGAAAUUUGGAUGAGAUAAAGAUGUCGGGAAACGUCGUCAACGUCAAGCCUUCAAUUGUGUGCCAUUUGAACGACGCUACAGUCGGAGACGUCCAGCCCUUCGUUGGGAUGCCCAACGUGCACGAUAUCCCGGGUAACAAGCGCUUGGGUGUCUAUAAGGUCUGGCUCCAACGAUAUCAGGCAACGAUCAUCAAAAAGCUGGGUGAGCUUAACGAGAAGUUCAACAUUAUCGGACAGAACAUUCGCGCCGGAUUGCGAGCGAACGACGUGAACCUCCUCAAGACUGCCCGGGUCAUCGGCAUGACUACCACAGCAGCCUCCAAGUACCACGACCUGCUCUGGGCAUUGAAACCCAAGGUCAUGAUCUGUGAGGAGGCGUCGGAAACAAUGGAAGCCCACAUUAUUUCUGCGUUGACACCGACCAUCCAGCAUCUCAUCCUGAUUGGAGAUCACGAGCAGCUUCGGCCAAGCAUGUCGGUGAACGACCUGAAGAACCUGAACAUCGAUGUUUCACUGUUCGAGCGCCUUGUCACCAACCACUUUCCGUACUCAAUGCUGGACUGUCAACGGCGCAUGCGGCCAGAAAUUCGCAAGCUGAUACGACCGAUCUACAAGAACCUUUGGGACCACGACUCUGUCUGCCACUACGACGACGUCCGCGGCAUGGUUGACAACCUUUUUUUCUUGACACAUGAUGAGCCGGAUAUGGUCGGACAGAACAACUCUCACAUCAACGUACAUGAGGUGGGAGUGGCGGCAAAGCUAGCGAUCUAUCUUUUGCAGCAAGGGUACGACCCAUCCCUAAUCACCAUUCUGAGCAUGUAUGCCGGUCAGCGACUCAAGAUUGUGGAGAAGCUGCGUCAGAGCAUCAUCCCUGGUGCGAGCGACAUCCGUGUUUCAACCGUCGAUGGGUUCCAAGGGGAGGAGAACGACAUUAUCAUUUUAAGUUUGGUUCGAAGCAACAGCAAUAACAGCAUUGGAUUCUUGAAUACCAGCAACCGCGUCUGUGUCGGUCUCUCUCGCGCCAAAAAGGGCAUGUAUAUUCUUGGCAAUGCCCAGUUGCUGAAGGACCAGUCGAAGCUCUGGAACACAAUUAUCAUGAGUUUGAUGCACCAAAGCCAUGACUUCAAGAUUGGCAACCGCAUCAAGCUUCAAUGUCCUCGCCAUCCCGAGAUGAUCUCCCUGGUUGGUCUCGAGGCCGAAUUCGAUCAAGUCCAGGAAGGAGGGUGCUCCAAGCCCUGUGGAGUGACCGUUGUCGCCCGUGCAUGA